ACAAAAACUGUCCUCAGUCAACGGUGGAGGAUAGAGAUCAGCAGAAAUGCCUCCGAAAAGAAAAAACAAUGCUGGUGUUGGAGUUGAAGAUGUUGGGAUGGAUGUGGAUGCAGAAGUUGACAGUGGAAGUGAAGAGGAGGCUAGGAAGCGAAGUAAAAACAGAAGAACCAAACCUCAACGAAGGCCCAAACCUGCAAGUGAAGAUGAAGACGAUGAUGAGGAUGAAGCUCCAAGAAGGAAAGGGCGGAGGAAGAAGAAGGCCAGAGACAGUGAUGAGGAUGAGGAAGACAAGCGCAGUGUGAAGAGCAAAGGAUCCAAAGCCUCAAGGAAAAAAGGGGCAAAGGCAGAAAGUGAUGAAGAGAGUGAGGAAGAGCGAGGGAAGAAAAAAAAAGGAGGCAAAGCCACAUCCAAGAAAGACAAGGAGGAGCAGAAUAAGAAAGGAAAUGGAAAGGGAAAGGGAAAUGGAAAGGAUAAAGAUGGAGACAAAGACAAAAAGAAGAAGGGGAAGAAUAACAGCUCCUCCUCUGACUCCAACCAGUCGGACGAGGACUCAAUGUCAGAAGGAGAGCUUGCAACACUGAAGGAGGAGGUGGAGGAGAAGAAAAAGCUAAUAGCCACACUGAGGAACAAACCUUGGCGAAUGAAGAAAAGACUCCUCCUACUCAAAGAAGCUCAAGAGUUCGUGGAAAAGUUUGAAGGAGCUCUAGGAAAAGGAAAAAACAGAAAGCUCUACGCCUUCAAGGUCAUGAUGACGAAGAAACUGAUCAAAUUCAACCGUGACUUUGAAAACUUUAAAACUGCCUUUAUACCAUGGGAGCGGAAAAUCAAGGACGUAGAAAGCCACUUUGGAUCGUCCGUGGCUUCUUAUUUCAUCUUUCUGCGGUGGAUGUAUGGUCUGAACAUGGUUUUGUUUGGGUUCAUGUUUGGCCUGGUGGUUUUACCUGAGAUCCUGAUGGGUCUUCCUUAUGGCUCCAUUCCCAGAAAAACUGUACCCAGGGAAGAGCAGGCCACAGCUAUGGACUACUCCGUACUUUUUGACUUUGGUGGUUACUGUAAGUACUCCUUCUUGUUCUACGGGUUCUACGACCACAAGCGGACAAUCGGAGUGUUGAAGUUUAGGCUGCCUUUGUCCUACCUGCUCGUGGGUGUUGGGAUCUUCGGAUACAGCCUAAUGGUUGUCAUUAGAACAAUGGCCAGUAACGCAAAUGAGGGUGGAGAUGGUGCAGAAGAUGGAGAGUUCACCUUCAGCUGGAAGAUGUUCACCAGUUGGGACUAUUUAAUAGGAAACCCAGAGACUGCAGACAACAAGUAUGCUUCCAUCACCACCAGCUUCAAGGAAUCAAUCGUAGAUGAGCAGGAGAACCAAAAAGAUGAGAACAUCCAUCUGAGGCGGUUUCUGAGGGUCCUGGCAAACUUCAUGAUCUUGUGCUGCCUCGGUGGGAGUGGAUACCUUAUCUACUUUGUGGUGAAACGCUCCCAGGUGUUUGCUGAGAAGGAUGAUGCUGAACUAUCCUGGUUUGAGAAAAAUGAGGUGGAGUUUGUGAUGUCACUGCUGGGACUGGUGUGUCCUCCUUUGUUUGAAACCAUAGCUGAGUUGGAGGAUUACCACCCUCGUAUUGCCCUGAAGUGGCAGCUGGGUCGAAUCUUCGCUCUCUUUCUAGGAAACCUGUAUACCUUCCUCUUCGCCCUGUUUGACGAAGUCAAUGCCAAGUUGGACAGAGAGAAGAUUAUCAAGAACAAUACAGAGUGGCUGAUGAAUCAGUACAUCAUGAACUACAGCUAUUACUUCAACACCACUGAUGUUCCACCACCAAAUGUGGACCCAGCUGAUGUCAUCAGAGGACCCUGCUGGGAGACUGGUGUCGGAAUAGAAUUUGUUAAACUCAUUGUGUCAGACAUGCAGGUGACCUAUCUAACCAUUCUGAUUGGUGACUUCCUGAGAGCCGUUAUCGUACGCUUCCUCAACUACUGCUGGUGCUGGGACCUGGAGGCUGGAUUUCCUUCAUAUGGAGAGUUUGACAUCAGUGGAAAUGUGCUUGGACUUGUCUUUAACCAAGGAAUGAUCUGGAUGGGGGCGUUUUACGCUCCAGGUCUGGUCGGGUUGAACGUUCUGCGUCUGUUGACCUCCAUGUAUUACCAGUGCUGGGCUGUGAUGUCCUGUAAUGUCCCCCACGAACGAGUUUUCAAGGCCUCACGCUCUAAUAACUUCUACAUGGGCCUGUUGCUGCUGGUGCUCUUCCUCAGUUUGCUGCCUGUCAUUUACACCAUCAUGACUUUACCUCCGUCCUUCGACUGUGGACCGUUCAGCGGUCAGGAAAAAAUGUAUGAUGUGGUGAUGGAGACCAUAGAACGGGAACUGCCUUCUUUCAUAAGGAACAUUUUCACAUACGCCACCAACCCUGGACUCAUCAUGCCUGGUGUUCUACUCAUGGUGCUAGCGCUGUACUACUUGAAUGCAGUGUCUAAAGGAUACCAGCAGGCGAACAACGAUCUAAAAAGGAAGAUGCAAAUGGCUCGGGACGAGGAGAAGAACCGCAGGAACAACAAGGACAGCACCAACCAGGUGAUGAAGGACCUCGAGGAUCUGCUACCAAACAAGUCACUCAUUCCACCACCCACUGAGGAGGAGGAGCCACCAGUACCUGAAGUUGUUGUAGACAAAGGAGGCAAGUCUCCUAAAUCCAAAAAAGACAGGGACGGAGGAAAGGGAGUAAAUUUGCAAAAGGACGUCUCUCUGGCUGCAGAGAACCCCAGAGGUCCAGUGACCAAGCCCCCGGGCCCAAGAGGGGGACCUCAGUCUGGACCAGGUCGAGGCAGAGGAAGAGGGCGGGGUCGACCUCAGGACUAACACGUAAAAAAAAAUCACAUGUACCACAU